AUGCCGGUUCGCGUGGCCUCACGCUCUCCCCGUCAGCUGCGCAUCGAAGAUUGCGCCGCCGUGCGCAAGGCGUCCAAGGCCGCGGUGCAUGUGACCCAGGGCGAGGUGGCCGAGAUGAGCCGCUCGUUGAGCACCGAAAAGAUGGAUCGAGAGGAGGUCCUGAGCCUCUUGAGGCGCCUCUCUGUCGCCCUGGCCCCGCUGCGCGACCAACGCCUGGUGGAGGCGUUACGCCGCACGGGCGCCGGGAAGGCGGUGAACCGCUACAGCCGAGUGGAGGAUGCAGAGGUGGCGCACUUCGCUUCCCGCCUCGUGUCCUCCUGGCGCCUGGCCAUCGGAAACCUUCCCACGGCGACGAAGCCGAAGCGCACGGUGGUGGUGUCGUCCUCGUCUUCAUCAUCUGAUAGCAGUGGGUCAGAGAGCCCGACUUCGCCAAUGUCCAAGCAACCAAACGAGAGAAAAGGAGUGCACGAAAGGCAGCGACAUGGUGCUACUUGGAUGUGCAAGGGUCUACCUAGCAGGUGUUCUAUAUACAUCAUGUCAUAG